AUACCGGAAACGGAAACAAGUGAUUUCAAUAUUUUUGCUCUUUAAGACUUCUCACUUGAUCACUCUUUCGGGCUUUGUAGUUUAACUACUGCCGCAACGUGGGUUAUGGGCUAGCAAUGAUUUGAUUUAUGACCAACUCUAAGUGUUUGCGUCGUAUUAAUACAUAAAGGAAGGAAGCUAGCUUAAUAAAAUUACCUAUAAAUUUAUAAUCGAGAUGUCGUCAAAGAAGUUAAAUGAAGCAAACGUCCAAAAGAAGCUCAAGGAAGUUGAGAAUACCAUAGACAGUAUUCAAACGUUAUCUUUAUGGAUAAUUCAUCAUAAGGCUAAUCAUGAAAGAAUUGUAGAUCUUUGGCUGAAGUCACUUCAAGAAGCAACUCUGGCCCACAGAGUGACAUUGUUCAACUUAUGUAAUGAUGUUGUUCAAAAUUGCAAACGAAAACACGCUCCAAUGUAUCAAGAUUCAUUUAAGAGAGUUUUGACGGAUGCUGCUGAAUACGUUAAAGAUGAAGCAAUCCGACAGAAAAUUACGCGAUUAGUUAAGAUUUGGGCAGAUAGAAAAGUAUACGACAAAGAAUUUUUGGUUAAUUUAGCUGGAAUACUAGAUGGCAGAAAAGUAGAUACUGAUGCUUCGCACGUUGCGUCUGUGGUUGAUGACUUCAAACCUGAGAAAAUUUUAAAAAGGGCAAAUAGCUUAAAUCCUAUUAAAGCUAAGACGGAGAACUUGGACAAGGCACUACGAAAUGCAAGAGUUGACGCAUCGAACAUUGAGGCAAUUAAACAAUUAAAAGAUUUGAAUCAAGGAAAAGAGUUUUAUCAGAAUUUUGAAGAUUCAGUUGUGAAACUAAAGACCUACGUUGGAUAUUUAAAGGAUGAAAUAGUUCAGAGGAAAAGUCUGAUUGAAGUUUUAGAAGAAGGUUCUAAUUAUUAUUCAACACAAGAAAACGAUGCUAAAAUAGUAGCAAAAGCUUACAAAAACUUUGGAAAAAGAAUGCAAAACUGUUCAACUUUGUUGGAUCAAAAAAUCAAAAUCCUUCCUGAACCUGCUACUGACGACAGGGAGCAAGUUGAUAUGGAUCUAGAAGAUGAUCAGGACUUAGAUCUCCAACUAUCACCAAUAGCUCCAGAAUCAAUGAAACCUCUACCGAAUCGUGUUCCACCCAUGGUAAAAAAUACAGCUGCCUCGUUCAUGGGAAACUCAAAUAUGGGCCAGCAAAUUCAAACUUUGGAACUCAAUCAAAAUGAUCCGCGAUCCAGACGACGAGAAAAGAAUACAGGGAUGGAAUUUCUGUCUAAUUUAUUUGCACACAAUGAACAUGGCAAUAAAAUGCCAACAUCUUUCAUGCCUGAAGCUUGGAGAAAUUCCGGUUCUCAGGGUGAUACGCGAAAACCUGCCCAUCCUUCGUCUGUCCCCUCACCAUACACAAGCAACAGACCUUUGAACCCUCCUACUCCCAACUAUUACCAUAAUCGUGCCUCCAUACCUAGAACAGGGAUCGAAUUAGAUCCAAUUGCAGCCGAUCAACAAAAAUUUAUCGAAAGACUAAAAGAUAGUCGCCAGCCCAGUAGUUUUCAACGGGUAGAGGAAGAACUGCAUUCAGAUGGAACACCAGUUCACGAUGAAAAUAGUGGAUUAGCACUAAUAUAAACUUUUCAAUAUUUUAAGUUUUGUUGUGCCACAUCUAUUUAUCGUAGAGAAAAAAUCUGCGACGCACGACCUAUAAAAUUAAAACUAGGAUUACGAAGAAACGGACCAUCAAUAAACUGACAGAAUUUAGAACAAAAGACCCUGAGGUUUUCAUUUGAUGUAACGCUGGCCAAAAUAAUAUUUUAUUUUUUUUGUCUGGUAAAAAAUAUAUAUAAAGAUAGAUAAAUUGUUAACUGAAAUUCUUUGAGAAAAAACAAGAAAGUGUCCUCUUUUGUUACGUAAAAUGAUUUUAUAUGCAUAUUUAUUAUAUUACUCUGUUACUAGAUUUAUAACCUUUCCAGGAAACAUUCUUUUCACUGAAGUUAGAAUUAGAUAUAAUCAAACUUAUGAAAAAAUACGGUGGAAUGUAAUAAGAUAUGUGAUGGAUAUUUUACAGGAAACCUAAAUAGUUCAUAACUGAAACGAGAGAAAAAGAUGAUAAUUUUUUUGAUGAUUUAUGAUGGCAGUUAAUUUAUAAGCUACAUUAAGCGCAUAUUUAUCAUGUCGCUGAUGUGUGUAUUGUUUCUAGCUGGUUCUUUAUAUCGGGCAAUUGUUCUGCGCUGAAAAAUUUUUGUUUUUUUGUUAAUUUUUAUAUGAAACUGUUGAAAAAAGAUAAAAAAUAAUCAUAUUUGAUACUAUACAAACCUAGUGUUGAUGGCGUCUAUUCUGUUAUAGGAGAGGAAGGGGAAACAGAAUUUUAUAUCAUUUCAUUAUAGAAAAGGAUCACUUACUGAUAAUUUAAAUGUUGAGAUAAUAACGACAUCUUCUUUAAAGUCUAUAAAACAAUAAAAAUUUAGUCGUAAUUUUAUAACCUAAAACUAUGGAUGAAGAU